GCUGAGGACUGGUUUAAAUAUGCCCAGGGCUCGCCUCCUCUUCCUAUAGAGAAGGCCCCUGUUCCAGAGAUGCCCUGCUCAUCCCCAUCACGAGCCACCUCAGGAACGAGCCAUCAAGGCCAGAGGCCGCUCCCUCCAAGCCUAGCCCGCCCCCUGGUUCCUGAUUAAGCUCAGACUCCUUCCUCCUUCCCGCGUGAUGAGGGGAUGAUACAAUUUGGGAGAAGGAAGCGUGUUCCCUCUUAGAUACCCCCUUUUAGAGCGGGGUGGUCAUUCUUUGGGUUUGAGCUGAUUUGUUUUUCACGAAUGUUGCCCCUUGGAGAAAUUGCUUCCCCAGUGUAACUUCCCUCGUGCGCUGUAUGACGUCGACGUGACGCAGCAGGACGCCACCCCUUUCCGUUCCAUGACCUGUGAUUUACAAGUCAAGCUAAAAUGUCCCCAGAAGUGGCCUUGAACCGAAUUUCUCCAAUGCUCUCCCCGUUCAUAUCUAGCGUGGUCCGCAAUGGAAAAGUGGGGCUGGAUGCUACAAACUGCUUGAGGAUAACUGACUUGAAAUCUGGCUGCACGUCAUUGACUCCUGGACCCAACUGUGACCGAUUUAAAUUGCACAUACCAUAUGCUGGAGAGACAUUAAAAUGGGAUAUCAUUUUCAAUGCCCAGUACCCAGAACUGCCUCCUGAUUUUAUCUUUGGAGAAGAUGCUGAGUUCCUGCCAGACCCCUCGGCUCUGCAUAACCUUGCCUCCUGGAACCCAUCAAAUCCUGAAUGUCUCUUACUUGUGGUGAAGGAGCUUGUGCAACAAUAUCACCAGUUUCAAUGCAGCCGCCUCCGUGAGAGCUCCCGCCUCAUGUUUGAAUACCAGACAUUACUGGAAGAGCCGCAGUAUGGAGAGAACAUGGAAAUUUAUGCUGGGAAAAAAAACAACUGGACUGGUGAAUUUUCAGCUCGUUUCCUUUUGAAGUUGCCGGUCGAUUUCAGCAAUAUUCCCACAUACCUGCUCAAGGAUGUGAAUGAAGACCCAGGAGAAGAUGUGGCUCUCCUUUCUGUCAGUUUUGAAGACACUGAAGCCACUCAGGUGUAUCCUAAGCUGUACCUGUCUCCCAGAAUUGAACAUGCACUUGGAGGUUCCUCAGCUCUUCAUAUCCCAGCUUUUCCAGGAGGAGGAUGUCUCAUUGAUUAUGUUCCUCAAGUGUGCCACCUACUCACCAACAAGGUGCAGUAUGUGAUUCAAGGAUACCACAAAAGAAGAGAGUAUAUUGCUGCUUUCCUCAGUCACUUUGGCACGGGUGUCGUGGAAUAUGAUGCAGAAGGCUUUACAAAACUCACUCUGUUGCUGAUGUGGAAAGAUUUUUGUUUUCUUGUACACAUUGACCUGCCCCUGUUUUUUCCUCGAGACCAGCCGACUCUCACGUUCCAGUCCGUCUAUCACUUUACCAACAGUGGACAGCUUUAUUCCCAGGCCCAGAAAAAUUAUCCAUACAGCCCCAGAUGGGAUGGAAACGAAAUGGCCAAGAGAGCAAAACACCGCACCAAGGGAUGCCAGGGGAGCAGAGGCCUGCAGCCCACCCCUACCCCCACCCCCACGCUCUUGGCCCUGCAGUUGCAGAAGCUGGCUGCAAGCUGCUCUAGCCCCAGAGGAACUGGCCAGGCUCCAGAAGGCCUCAUUGGAGAGUCUCAGAAGGAGAGAGAACCGCUAGGGCUUAUUUCAAAACCUUUGUCCCUCAGUUUCAGGAGGCUGCGUUUGCCAAUGGAAAGCUCUAGGAAACACCAGUCUUGAGAGGUGGCCAGCCAGACUCCUCUGUCCACAUGUGUGUCAGCACAUAUGGCUGCUUCCUGGAAGCCAUUGGAAUGUCUUCAUGGCAGCGUUUCGCUCACACAGCAGCUUUGCACCCCGUCUGGAACCCAAACUUGAGCUGGCUGGCGGUCACCUGGAUCCCAGAGCGCCCCCCACCUCUGGUGGCUCCCUCUUCGUCCCCGUCAGUAUAUUUCUUAGUUGGAAGAAAUAAAGUCACAAAUCAUUAUGCAAUAUUUUUCCAGGGAAAGUAAGACACAUAAAUGCGCACACCCUUAUUCCAAA